AUGUCCCAAACCAGCCUCCCCGGGUCCGAUAUCAAGCCAUGGACCCGACCCCCGCCAAAGGAAUACAAGUUCAUCAAUGCCCGCAUCGUGGACAUCGAAUCCGCCACAAUUAAAGAGAACUCAACACUAGUGACCUUUGAGGGCAAAAUAGCCUAUGUCGGCUCCCAUCCACCCGAGACCAUACUAUCAGCCGACCUCCAAACAGUGGACUGCCAAGACAGAUACCUCUGCCCAGGUCUCUUCGACGCGCACGUCCAUCUAUGCGCAGUUCCAGGCUUCACGGAUCUAUCCAAAGCCUUCGGCAAUCCAAAUGAUGUGCAUCUGCUCAGGCAACCAUAUACCGCAUCGCAGAUGCUCCACCGCGGUUUCACCAGCAUCCGCGACUGCGGCGGCGCGCAACUUGCCUUGAAAGAAGCUAUCGAAGACGGCGUCUUCCCCGGACCCCGACUAUUCCUUUCUGGUCAUGCCCUGUCCCAAUUUGGAGGACAUGGUGAUCUGCGCGGAUCACAUGAAGCCACCGGCUGCUGCGGCGGUACCCAUAGUAACAACCAUCUCGGUCGGAUGUGCAACGGCGUGCCGGAAUGCAUGUCUGCUGUACGCGAAGAGAUUCGUUGCGGUGCAGAUUUCAUUAAGAUCAUGGGUUCUGGCGGUGUGGCUUCUCCCACGGACAAGCUGGAACAUCUCCAAUUUACCGCUGCGGAGAUUCAAGCUAUGGUCGAAUGUGCCGAUAAUGCUGGGACGUUCGUCACGGCCCAUGCGUACACUGUCAAAGCUAUUCGACACUGUAUCGAUAAUGGCGUUCGCGGUAUUGAGCAUGGAAACUUUGUUGACCCGCCCACGGCGAAGAUUAUGGCUGAAAAGGGAGUUUAUUUGACGCCUACGCUGAUCGCGUAUGCCCAAAUGGCAUCGGAGAAGUGGCAACACUAUUUGCCUACUGAGUCUCAGACAAAGAACCAAGUUGUGCUCAAAUCUGGGCUUGAUGCUUUGCGGGUUGCUUUGGAGGCUGGUGUCACUAUGUGCUACGGGUCUGAUUUGCUAGGACCAUUGGGCUCGGCACAGACACAUGAAUUUGCUUUGCGAUCGCAAGUACUGACACCUGUUGAGAUCUUGCGCAGCGCUACUAUUAACCCGGCGAAGAUGAUGGGGUGGGAGGAUGUUAUUGGUCAGAUUAAGAAAGGCUUCCAUGCUGAUGUUGUAGUCUUGAAUAAGAAUCCGCUGGAGGAUGUUACUGUUUUUGAUAGACCCGAGGAACAUGUUCUCGGAGUUAUGAAGGAUGGUCGUGUUUACAAAAGCAGGUGGAAUGUGCUGCCUGAGGAUAGUCAGAUUCCUGUUCGCGUUCAAUGA